UAGCUCCCCAGAUUAAAUUUUACUAUUCCGUUUGUUUUAAAAUGCUCGAUAAAGUGAAGCACAUUAUUUUAGUGCUGUCCGGGAAAGGCGGCGUGGGAAAGUCUACGGUCAGCACCCAACUUGCGCUGACACUGGCAGAAGCCGAUCACAAGGUUGGUCUCCUGGACAUCGAUCUUUGUGGCCCGUCCGUCCCGUUUCUGCUCGGCCUAGAAGAUCACGAUGUCCACCAGUGCGAUGAGGGAUGGGUGCCGGUAUACACGAGUGCGGAGAAAAAGCUCGCCGUAAUGUCGAUCGGAUUUCUGCUCAAAAGCCGCUCCGAUGCCGUUAUCUGGCGCGGUCCGAAAAAGACGGCCAUGAUCAAGCAGUUUCUCGACGACGUGAACUGGGACGAGCUGGACUACCUGAUUAUCGACACACCGCCGGGCACUUCGGACGAGCACAUUACCGUGAUGGAGUGUCUGAAGGGGGUCAACACGGACGGGGCGAUUAUCGUGACCACACCGCAAGAGAUGGCCGUCGAAGACGUCCGAAAGGAGGUUACCUUCUGCAAGAAGACGGGAAUCAACAUACUCGGGAUUGUGGAGAACAUGAGCGGAUUCGUGUGUCCACACUGUUCCGAGUGUACGAACAUAUUCUCGUCCGGCGGCGGAAAACUGUUGGCCGAACUGGCCAAAGUGCCACACCUUGGCACGCUUCCCAUCGACCCGAGGGUGGGCCAGUUGGCUGGAACGGGAAAAGCGUGCGUCCGGGAACUACCAGACUGUACGACGACCGAAGUUUUACACAAAAUUGUUGGCACGAUAACGGCCGGAGGGCAAUAAAACUG